AGUCAAGAUGUUCCCUUCGCACGGGCCGUGCGUAGCAAAAUGGCCGCCCGACUCGAGUGAGUGAGUGACGUUUCUCGCAAGGUGUUUGCGUUCGCGAUCGCGCCGCGCAGUUCUUGCGCAUGAAUAUUCGCGUGUGUAAACGUGUACACGGCCGUCGCAGCGCGUCACGAUCCAUCUGCCUCGCCCGCGCGGAAGGUGGCCUGAACGCGCGGCCGCAGCUGAGUGCGGUCGCGGUCCGCCCGCACGACUCGCCUCGCCGCAAACGCAUUUAGUGGGCGGCAUUUAAAUGACAGAGCUGGACCUGACGCAUACCACCGACUAACUUCGAACACGCGUCUGUUUUCUCAAUCAGAACCUGACUGUUUCGUCAAUCGAUAUAGAGUUCUGGAUUGCCAUGAAAAUUGAAGAAAAAUAUGCGAAUGCGUUUUUUUAAUUUGAAGAGGAGCAAUAUUUCUGGAAAAUGGAUACUCGAUGCAAAGCAUAGGUUGAUAGAGCCUACUGUGUGGAAGCUGCCAUGCCAACGUAUCACAAUGCGGGUGGUGGAUACCCGAAUGUGUCAGCGCCAGCGCGGCAAGCGAAGCUCGACGGCAAUCAAAAUCAUCACACUAUUCCUUCAAACGUAACGUCUCAUCCCCUCAUACAAAACAACAUUCAGCAGCAGCAGCAUCAGCAACAGCAGCAUAGCGUUUCUUCUAAUCUGACUGCGGGUAGCAUUCCGUCCCAUCCAGUGUCGCCGACGAUGACCACGCAUUCGAGUGUCACCACCUCAAACAUCACGACGCACAUGAACACCACGUCUUCGCCGGUGAUUCUGACCUCGAAUGCCAUUAAUCCGGGCGCCAACACUACUGCGUUACCGGCUAAUCCACGACACGAAGUGAAACUGAAUGCGAUGCCAUGGUUUCAUGGAAAGAUAUCGAGGGAAACGGCAGAAAGAUUGUUGCGACCACGAGAGGACGGUUUGUUUCUAGUUCGCGAGUCGACAAAUUUCCCUGGGGAUUACACGCUCUGUGUAUGCUACCAAGGGCGUGUACAGCACUACAGGGUGAAAUAUAAAAAUAACCAAUUAACGAUCGACGACGAGGAAUUUUUCGAAAAUCUGGCUCUGUUGGUUGAGCAUUACGAACAGGACGCGGAUGGUUUAUGCACGCAGCUAACAAAAUCUUUGCCGAAACAAGGCAAGCAAGAUUUCUGCGUAGACCCAAAGGCGUUCGUAGAGGCUGGAUGGGUAAUUCAGACUCACGAGUUAGAGUUAAGAGAGUGUAUCGGAAAGGGAGAAUUCGGAGAUGUGCUGCUAGGCGUUUAUCGAGGGGAAAGGGUUGCGGUAAAAAUGCUGAAAGAUAACAGCGAAGCGGCACAGAGGUUUCUGGCUGAGGCAAGCUUAAUGACCUCGUUGAUUCAUGACAAUCUGGUUAAAUUACUCGGUCUCGUUUUUAAUAAUCAACACAUGUACCUGGUUACGGAGUAUAUGAGCAAGGGAUCCCUGGUGGAUUAUUUGCGGUCGAGAGGAAGAUUACACGUUUCGAAAAAGGAUCAGAUUAACUUUGCAUACGAUACGUGUGCCGGUAUGGCGUAUCUGGAAUCCAGGCAUGUUGUGCAUCGAGACUUAGCGGCGAGAAAUGUUCUCGUAGCCGAGGAUAAUUCUGCCAAAGUAUCCGAUUUCGGCCUGGCGCGGGACGAAAACUUUUCUCUCGACGGUGGAAAACUGCCGAUCAAGUGGACUGCACCAGAGGCUCUAAAACAAAACAAGUUUUCAAACAAGUCUGAUAUGUGGAGUUUCGGAAUUCUUCUCUGGGAAAUUUAUUCCUUUGGUCGUGUGCCGUAUCCGCGAAUUCCUUUAGCCGAUGUUGUAAAAUGCGUAGAAAAAGGAUAUAAGAUGGAACCACCGGAUGGAUGUCCUACAGAAGUUUACGAUAUUAUGAAACAGGCAUGGGAUUUACAACCAGAAAAGAGACCGAGUUUUCAUGAUAUAAAAGUGACACUCGGCCAGUUGAGAGCUGAGUACACCAAAGGCGUGAAUUAAGAAAGAAUGAAUUGAAUACAACUUAAAUAAACUUAGCGAGAACUGAAAAAACGGGGACUGGGUCGUCCGAAUAAUUUUUCGUUUUCAGAACGAAAAUAGUGAUUUUAAAUGUUUCUGUUAGAAGGGAAAGAAUGACAGGACUUCGAUUGUACAUUGUAUACAAAACAUAGUAUUUGCUUUACUUAUAUUUAUUGUUACUUUAGUUCUUGAAAUGUGUGGGGAGAAUUUUAAUUUUUAUAUAGUAAUAUUUUUUGCACACACAAGCAUUACCUAUGGUCAAUCGUGCCUUUGUCCAAGUUGACGUUCUCGACCAGAAAAUUCAACUUGUACAUAAUGAAAUCCGAAUAUAUUCGGGAUAAAAUCAACAGAAUUAAAAGAUGCGUAAUCUGCCUACUACUUAAUUUUCGAUAGUCACGUUUGAAGUACUGUGACGAAAGCAGCUUCGUGAUUAUCAUAAUUUUUCAGGUAAUUCAAGAUCUUUUUAUAUUAUAGCACAAAAAAGUGGCGUAUUAUAUACACUAUAUUAAAUUUAGAUGAAUUAUAACUCAUGCUACGUUAUAUAUUAUUCACAAUCUCGUCCAUUUAGUUGUAAUCGGUUAACAUUUCGUUUUUUGUUAAAAUUUUGUAAAAAAAUUACUUUUGCAAUUUAUAUUGUUAUGAAUAUAAAAGAUUUGCCUAAGCAAUUAUAGUUAUAUGUUGCAAGUAAUUAAACUUAAAUGUUUAGUUGCUUAAGUUCUUUGAUCAAAGAUUUGUCAUAAGAAGUAUUAAUUUUUAACUAAAUUAUAUUACAAUUACGAUAUACACCAUUAUUUAAGUUUUCUCAUAAAAUAUUUGACUGCAUUAGUGGUGUAAAUGUAUCUCUGUAAAUAUUUUUGUAUAUAAUUUAUCCAUCGAAAAAGGAUAAUAUUUCAAGAGUAAUUGAUAUUGGUUGAGAGAAGAUUGAUAUUCAACAAAAAAGUUUAUAUUUUCUUUAUUUUUUUUUUACUUUUAAACCUAACACACAUUACGAAUGAGUAUCUAUAUAUAAUUGCACCACGUUAAAAAAUAAUUAUAUUCCUAAUUUUAUGGCAGUAUCAUUUUAUAGCAUUAUUUUAUAUCAUUUAUUUUUCGUAAAAUAAAUUCUGCCAAUAUUAAAACGGACUAAUUAUAACUAUUUGACGGCCGUAUUUCGCUAAAUAGUAGCUACAUUUCGCUAAACAUGAGCUACAGACAAGAUCAAAUAUUUAUUCUUUAAGAUCAGGCAAGUGACAAGGUCUGUAAAAUUGUAGAUAUUAAAUUUUCUUGUGCAACGUAAUUUUUAAAAAAUAUUAAAUUUUUACAUUACUUAUCAAGAUAUCUAAUAUAUACAUCUUUAUAAAAAUCGUGAAAUAAUGUGUAUUAAAUCGAUACUGUAUAUUAUACGAUAAUUUAUUAAACUUUGAAAAGUGACGAGGUCACUCAGUUCCUUGAUACGAAAUCUUUCACGAUAGAAACAGAGAUUGUCUUGACUGAUAAAAUAUUUCACAACAAUAGGUUCGAUCUUUCUCUUCCACAAGUCUCUUCAGUCUGCGUUUAGAUAUAAUUCUAUAAGAAAUUUAGAAUGUAUUUAUCUUAAGCAUGGUCCGUUUAUAACUUUGAUAUUACAGUAUGUACUUGAGGUACACGUAUUAAUAAUGUGUAUUAAUAUGGCUCUAACUGAUAUUUUGAAUUGCUUUUUUUUAUUGCGGACUUUAAUAUUUGUAUGUAUUUAUAAUCUUCGAAUGCACAUGAGUUCUUCCAAAUAUAAAUUUCAUGUUACUCAUGUAAAAUGCCAAUGUCAUCUCCAUUUUGUCUCUGACAUUUUAAAUUCAAGAUAAAACAUCUUGUUAUUCGUUGAAGAGCAUUAUAUUUAUAUAAAUAUAUAUAUAUAUAUAUAAAGCAAUGUCGCUUGUGACAUUGUUACUUGUGUAUUUUGAUAUGUACACGGGAUUUCGUUGUUGCGAUAUUAAUUUUCUUAUAACAACCAAUGUGUCCGUUUAUUUUCUACUGAUAAUCGAUCGAUUAGAAUGUAAGAAAUCUAUAAUAUAUAUAUUAAUAAAUUAGAGAGCGAUUGCAAGAUCACGAAAGGGAAUUAAACUGUACUUGAUAUGCAUGUGUUCACGUUGUAACGGUAUGGUGUGCUGAUUCGAUGCGAGUGUAUGGGACAUGUGACAAAUACUUUUUUUCAUUCUUGCAACUCUUUUAUAGAGUCUGGAACGAAUGAUUUUGGGGAAGCAUUGAAAUAUAUUUAUCGUCGUACUGUUGCUACGCCACAAUUCUAAAAAUUCUCAUUAGACAGCUAUAGCGACGACAGAAUAGAUCACUGGCGAAAGAAUAAAAGUUAUUAAUAAAGGAAAGAAGUUACACUA